CACCAUUCUUGAAAAUGUAUGUGCUGUAACUUUUUUCAACCUGAGAGGCCAGGUAAUGAAAUUGACCCUUAAAUUAACAACUAACAAAAAGAAAGCACAAGAAAGAACAACAGACAACCACCGAAGUGACCGUUUGUUUCUCUCAAUUUCAAUCCUUUACUCUCUAGCCUGGCCACUCCAUCCAAUGGCACUGUCUUUUCUCAGCCCUAUAUCACUAUACGCUUCCUAUCUCCGUCUCUGCUUCACCUCCUCCGGCCUCUCCCGCCACGCCAUCGACAUUGACAAUGACACCACCAUCCAUUUCUGGAGCCAAAAUCCUGAUAAUCAAACCUCUACCCACAAACCAUCUCUCGUCUUCAUCCACGGCUUCGGUCCAGCCGCUCUCUGGCAAUGGCGCCGGCAGGUUCAGUUCUUUUCAUCUCACUUCAACCUCUACGUCCCAGACUUAAUAUUCUUCGGAGAAUCAACAACAAAGUCCUCUGCAAGAUCAGAGAUCUUCCAGGCAGAUUCCGUUUCGAAGUUGCUACAAAAGUUGGGAGUGGAGAAAUAUUCUGUGGUGGGCACCAGCUAUGGUGGGUUCGUAGCGUACCACGUGGCGAGGAUGUGGCCAGAGAGGGUAGAGAAGGUGGUGAUAGCGAGCUCUGGGGUUAACAUGAGGAAAAGUGAUAACGAAGAGUUGAUAAGGAAGUCUAAGUUGGACAGUAUUGGCGAUCUUAUGCUGCCAAAGGAGGCCUCACAUUUGAGAGCUUUGAUUGGCCUGGCCGUGUUCAGGCUCAGUCGUCUCCAUAUGAUUCCAGACUUUUUCUUGAAAGACUUCAUUUCCAAAUUGUAUGCCGAGAACAGGAGUGAAAAGUUGGAACUUCUCAAGGGGUUAACCCUUGGACGAGAUGAAACAGUAAAUAUUUCUCCACUUCAACAGGAUGUGUUGUUAGUCUGGGGAGAACACGACAGCAUAUUUCCUUUGGAUAUGGCAAUUGAACUCAAGGGGUUGAUUGGGAAGAAUGUGAAGUUGGAAUCAAUAAAGGAUGCAUCUCAUGUUCCACAAAUUGAAAGACCAAACAAAUUCAACUAUAUUCUCAACAGUUUCCUGUGUGGUUCUUCAUGAUUUUAUUUAUUGUCUUGCCUAGUAAUGUAAUCGACAAUACCCGUAAUGCGCUGAAGUUUAUACAAUAGUUUGUCUUACUGGCUUA